AUGGAGCCUGUAGUUAAUGCAGCUACUAUAGCCAUAUUCCGAUCUCUAAUCAGCACUAUACGAACCGGGGCGUUCGAAGUCGAAAUACAUCGCCUGGAGCUCGACAUUCUCCAAGUACGCCUCUCCCGCCAAAUCGAAGCUUUCAGCACCAUCAACAAUAUGGAAGCCAUGCAAAACAACUUGCAAGCAUACGAAGAACAACAACGACAAUUAGCGGAAAUCAUCGCUGCAGUCCAGCAUAUCCUCUCCAUUGCCCAGCAGGACGCUACAAGGAUUAGAGGCAAUGUCGCUGAGGGGGCCAGUGUUGGCGGCAGCCUCCUGGCCUUCCUCGAUAAGUGCAGGGCCCAAAAAGCGAGAGCAAUCAGCAGAAUGCAAUGGGCUAUUUACAGAAGAGAUCGCUGUGAAAGGAAUCUUGCAGCUAUUACUGCGCUGAUUGUCGAGUUGGAGAGAUUAGCCAGCCGCUAA